CACGAUCUGAACUCUGACCAGCGACUGCAACAAAUAUUGGCCUUCUUGACACGUAGAACUGGCAACAGACGGCAGUAGAAGAAAUGGCAUUGAUGCAGCCAGUCUUGACGCUUCCUGUGGAAGGAAGCGACAGAGUGAUCAUUAAGAAGACAUUCAUCGAAGUGGAGGAUGAAAAGACACCAACAGGUCUUCCUGCAACUUACAAUUCAGAUUCAGUCAUUUGGUCACGAUUGAUGCGACAGAUCAGUCCUGGUCCAGAGGAACAGCAGCCAAUCCCAUUUGGGGUGAUGCCUGAAAAUGAAGACUUGCCGGAGCCAGAGAAUCCUCACCUCUCAAAGUUGAACAAGAAGGAGCGCCUCAGCCGUAGCUCUGUCUCAACGGAUGACACGGACACUGAGACCGAGCCCCACGAAGCAAUGGGACCGAUUCGCGACGGUCGUGAAGGUCGUGAAGGUCACGUGUCACUGAUGAGGCUGCGAGAGCCUUCGCCCGACACAUUGGAUGCGGCCAGGACUUUGGCCGUGACGGAAGCUUCGAAGGCCCUGGAGGCAGCGGGCAUCACCAUGGAAAGGCUACCCUUGGAUGAACUGCUUAUGCAAUUUUCCCCUGAACCUCGGCCUGUUUCCUUGUUGGAAGCUGUUGGUGAUGUGGGUCCUGGCAUAUCCACCCACUCCGCCAAGCACCGUAAGCCGGGUGAUACCACUGUGAUGCUGCGAAAUCUGCCAAACAACUACUCCCGCAACAUGGUUUGUACCAUGAUGGACAAGGAGGGCUUCCAAGGGAAGUACGACUUCCUUUACCUUCCAAUUGACUUCCGCUCCAAAGCCAGUUUGGGCUACGCCUUUGUCAAUCUCAUCAAUGAAGGGGAGGCCCAGAAAUUUUGGAAGACUUUUGAUGGCUACACAAAAUGGGUGUUGCCAAGUGCCAAGGUCUGCUCAAUUAGCUGGAGUGGCCCUCAUCAAGGCCAAGAAUCCCACGUGCAGCGGUACAGGGACAGUCCCAUUAUGCACAGCAGUGUUCCAGAUGAGUUCAAGCCGGUGAUCUUCGAAGCAGGCACCGGCAAACGCCUAGACUUUCCACAGCCGUCCAAGAAGCUUCGCGCACCGCGACGACGCCCUGCCACCUUGAAGUGAGCAGAACAUGCUUACAUACAUGGGGUUGGUGCACUCUCGCGGAGUUUUGUUGCAGCCAAUUUUCCCGGCUGAAGUUUUUGGUCAUGCUGCUACUGCUAAAACAGCUUUGCGUCCAGCACAUGCAAUGUAUAGGUUCCUGACGAGCUGACAAGAGCUCCCCCGGACACCAGUUUUUGAAUUUUUCAUCCGCACAGGCUGGUUUUCUUGAACCUGCCCUUGCUUGCAAAACCGUGUGGCGUUGGAGACACCACACAUUUUGUUCGUUAGCGAUAUGUAGAUUAGCUCACUUUGUGCUGUUGCCAUGGUGAAUACGCAAGUACAGCGGACGUUAGAUGCAUGAAUAUGCCCGUGGGCCGUGAUGAUUUUCACCCUGUCUGUGG